AUGACCGAGUCUCCCAUACAGUCCAUCCGGCGCUCGGUGACCCUCCCCACCAAGUUAAACCCGGCGCAACGAGGUUCAAGCGCCCCGAGACUCUCCGAAAAUGUGGUCUUCUAUCACCCGUCAGCCAAAAUUGUGCAUUUUGCCCCGAGGGCUCUCGUGCCCAUCCCCUCGAGCUCUGCGCCGUCUGACUUCGACUAUCCUGUUGAUACCAUCGAAACCCUCCCCUGGUGCUCUGCCACCGAACGAACAGUCGCAACAGCACCACUCAGGCUGGAAAAGGUCCAUGGUCUGACCGUCUUCCUGAAAUGUGGAAAUGUAGUCCACGCGAUCCUGAAGAACUCACAAUGUUGGUGUGUUGACGGGGUGUCGAAAUUCGUCUUGCGCAUUCGCCCUCUCACCUAUUAUCGUAUCGAGAUCCCAAGCGAAACCGAAGAGGACAGAGAGGCGGUUAGAGAUCUCAAAGCUGCGUUGCCAACAGUUCUUCGAUAUGAGGUCACACCCUGUCCCUUCAAACGAUCGUUCACAGUCGAGAUCCCCGAGGAAGCAAUGGCGCCUCGACGCAAAAAGGCAUGGCGACCCAAGGAUCGGAGAGAAAGUGGCCCCGCUGUGAUGACAAGCGCCCAAGUGUCGCCUUCUUCUUCAGUCAAGUCAGAGUGGAUUGAUUCUGCGAGUACCGGAGACGACACCGAUGGAAACAUGACGGAUGAUAGUGGAUUCACAUCGCAUCGGGCCAACAGCACGACCUUGGAGACUAUCCCCGAUGAUCCUGAAGUGUCUCCUUCAAUCAAUACGUUGGAGCCCCCUGUUGCGCCUGCACUCCCUCGGCGCUCGGUGACGGAGACUCCGCAGACCUUUACCAGUUUGCUGGCCAAAUUCGAGGCUACUUCUAUCCCAGAGGAUGAGAAUGACUCUCCAAUGCAACCCGCACUCGAAUCUGACCAUGAUGUUUCGUUCUCAUCGAGCCCCGAGUCAUUUCACUCGGCUGAUCUGCCAUCGCCGUCUGAAUCUACCUCGACUCAUCCUACGCCUGUGGAAGGCCACGAAGUGCCUGAGAACCCUGAAGUUCACGCUCCGUGUGCUGCAAAUAAUGAUAUUAAGGUUCAAGACCAAACGACACCUCCGCCUGAAAACUAUCCCCCAAUUUCAGACCGUGAGACUUCCACUAUAGAUGCCAUUCCUGCGAGUGUCUUGCCGACGGCACCAACACCUACCAAGCCUAUAACCAGGGAGGGCGUUCCAAUGCCUUCUUUGAAGAUACCAUCGGACACAGAGGUGUCAUCGCAGCCUCUGACGAAGUCUCCGGCUUCCACUACCGACUUUAAUCACAUGAGCGUGGAGUUUCGCCGUCGUGCACAAGCAACAAGGCAGCGCGACGUUUCGCCGAUGCCUCCGCGAUCAGCUAUCUAUCAACCACCGCCAACCCAGGAUGCUGCCUCGAUCCUUUCCAAGGCACUUACUCUCGUGCUGGUACCACCGAUUUCCCUCUUUAUCAUCCUGAUGCAUGUCGCUGCACGCGUCGUGAUUAGUCCAGCCCUCAGUACUCCUCCUGGCGAGCCAGCCUCAAAAGUUCAACCAUCUGGCCACGACUCCAUUACCGAGGAUGAUUUCAGCUUUCCUCUGGAGCCCGAAAUUUCUUCGGAAUAUGAGGACGCUGAAAUCUCCAAGAAACUGGAUCCCUGGGACUUGGACUAG